AUGGAUUUUUUCGGACCAUUACCGUCAGGAGAGUAUUUAUUUGUUAUAGAAGAUUUAUAUUCAAGAUACCCAUUUGUUGAUAUAAUAAAAACCACAACAGCUUUAAGCGUCAUAAGUAAACUAGAAAGAUUAUUUGCUAUAUUUGGUUAUCCUAACAAAAUUAGAAGUGACAACGGACCACCGUUUCAAAGCGAAGAAUUAAAACUAUACUUUAAAAAUGUUGACAUAAAGCACUUUAAAAUAACGCCUCAAUAUCCGCAAGCGAACGGUAUCGUAGAAAAAUUUAUGCAAGUUAAAGGAAAAAUAAUUAAAACAACUCAUUUUAUGGGGAAAGGUUGGAGAGAGGAACUUCAAAGCAUGCUUUGA